AAUGAAGGUUCACAUAAAAUAUAAAAACGCAUUUUUACUUGUCAUACCAUCAAAAAUAUUAUUCUCUAUCAUUUUUGUAAUGUGUGAUUUUAAUCUAAGAUUACUCAAAAACAAAGAAAGUAGUUCUGCGUAGCUGUGCUCUGUUUAUGUUGGGUGUGGCCAGAGGGAAAAAACAAACAGUGUGAUGAUAUCCUCUUUACUCAAUAUAUAAUAUAAUAUAACAUAACAAUAUCUGGUAUCUACUUCUAUAGGUUUCUCCAAAGUGGGUGGUUGUCUUAUUCCCUGAUUACAGGGAAUAUAGUGUAGUACCAAUAAAUUGGCUAACUCUAACUGAUCCUCAGUUUUGCUACUGGCCACCUUGCAAAGUGGAUAGUGAUGUCCGACAAAUGGCAGAGGCGCCUGAUUAUACAUGGACUAAGUACAAGGUUAAAGUUCAUGGUGGGAACAAAACUUUUGAUAAUUUUAGAAAAGCAUGGUACCAACAGGUCGAAAUUGAAAAAUCCACAACAGAGACUGAAAUUGAAGAAUAUGAAGCCUCAAAGCCCAAAAGAAUUAAAAAGAUGUCUGCUAUGAAAAAUAAAUCUCUAUUUGAUAAUAUAUCAGAUCAAAGCAAUGAUUCGGAUGGUAAUUAUUUUGAAGUAAUGGCUUCAUCUACAAAUUAUCCAUUACCUGUACCUGUACCAGUUACACCGGAAGGUGCAAUAGCUUCAACAAGUUAUUCACAAACAGUUGGUGUAGAAUUAAGGCAAGAAGAUUACACAGAGUUGAUGCCAACAACAUCAAAUCAAACUAAAAAUGUGUGCUCAACGUCAGACAUUUCACUCCAGAUCCAACCAUAAAAAUGAUGUUGAAUAGAAUUUUGAUAAAAAUAGCAAAUAUAGAAAAUAUUUUAUCUAAAAACACCGAAGAUAAAUCUGCAUUAUUAGAUGAAUCAUUUUUAUCCAAAUUUCCAAUAACUAACCCUGAAGGAUUGUUAUUAGUUGAAUCUUGUAUAUUAAACGAACAUAGCUAUGAUUCAAAACUGAAGUUUUUUAUUCGAUCAAUUGGUGGUAGGGAUGGCAAGGAACAUAUAGUUAGAUCAUUGUCUAAAAUGUUAACAAAUGAAUAUGCAGGAAAAUGUACCAAGACUGGUCGUGGAAAGAAUAUUAUCACUAAAAUGGGAGAUACUGAAUUAAUCAAAAUAUUAACAAAAGUUGUUAAAGAAAAUUCUAAAAACAAUAUUACCAAUUCAGAUAUAGAAGUAGAAAUUGCUGAAUGGUUGAGACGUGCUAACACAAGACUUCAUAGGGAAAAACAAAAUUAACUUCUAAUACAUAACUAUAUUUUUAUUUAGUUUUUUAUAAAAGACUGUAAAAUAAGUAAUAUUCUAACUGAUUGGUUUAAACUUUAAAGGAUACAUUAUUUUUUGUUUUUGUUUAGA